GCCCCGCGGGGAGCGGAGGGCAGGCGCCCGUUCCGUGCCGCCGCCUCGCCGCGGCCCGGGGGCCCGAGGGGUCAACGAAGGGCCGGGCCUGGCACCGACGCAGGCUCGCGGGGCGGUGGACGGCGGCGUGCCUCGAACAGGAAGUGCGCGGCGUGCGGCGCGCCCUCCCGCUCCGCCCGCCGACCCCCGCCGCCCCCUGCGGCCGCGGCGGCGCGGGACUCGCUCCGAGAUGAUUCCUGACUCAUGUCGUCCCCCAGUGUCUGUUUAUGCCUCACCCCCUGAAACACGCACACGCGCCCUGUGCCCCGCAGACCCGGCCGCGGCGGAAGCGCGGGUUUCUGUGGGAUGCGCGCUGACCCGCACGUGCUUCUCGGAAAACCGCGGCGCGGGGCCCUCCCCCCCGGCGUGCGGACCUGAAUGCGCAAUGAGAGCGGGCGGAGUGCGGGUUUUUACCCCCACCCCGCCGUACCCCACCCCACCCGGCUUUGCUUAGGUUCACCAGGGGAUCGGCGGUAAGUGUCGGGCGCGGAGUCAGCAACCCGGCGCCGCCGUGAACGCGGGGUUCCUAAGACUGCGGAAGAAAAGGUGGAGGAGAGGGCGGUAAACCCCGCGCGAGUCCCCCAAGUGCUGCCACGGUCUCAGCCACCGCGUUGCCCGUCUGGCACCGCCCGUAGCCAAGGGCCAGUGGGGCGUUCUCCCGGGUGGCGGUGCGCCCCCCACCCGCCGAGGUGGGCCCCAGGAUGGCGCGACCCUCACCCCCCAGCCCCCUGCCUGCCUGGCUGGGAGUAAGGUGAGUGCUCGGUCGGGAGUCGCCUCCGCUCCUGCUCUAGGUUCUGAGGAUAGAGUGGCCCCCAAAGUCACUCGAGCAACCUGAAUGCUGACGUCAGCGCUGCUGCUCCCCGGAAUCGGUGGGGCGGGGAGGCCACCCGAGAAAGAACGGGACACAGGUCGCUUUGGGAACGCCCUGGGGUCUGUGAGGAGGUGGCCUUCACUCCUGUCCAGAUUGCUCUUCACCCAUAGCACCAGUUGACCACGAGGCAGUCGCGAUCAUGGAAUCUAAGAAGUACUUUGGAUUAAGCAUAUGAGUUUUAGUGAAGGAAAUAAUUGAACAUGGUUUCCUUCUGAGAAUACAGAGUCGAAGAGCCAAUCACAGAGCUGCGGGAUCUAUCUCUGGGAAAUGUUAAAAUGGACCUUCAAAAAUGCUAGGUUUACAAUGAGAAAUAUUAUAAUUCAAUGUUUACUCUACGGAUCCUUGACACUUGGGAUCUGGACAGCCAUCUUUAGUAUUUAUUUUCACCAUAAUCCUGUGAAGAACAAGGAGAAGAAGAUCCAGGAGAAAGGAAAUCCAUUAAUUUGGUCCCUUGGGAAGAAAUUGCAAACUAAACAUGGCUCAGUGCAAAUACCAAGACCUUAUGUAAGAGUCAAAAGGCCUAAUGAAGAUGAAACUACAGAACAGAAGUCAUUUUUAAAAUUAGGUAAGGAUUUUAAAUAUUUGGACCCAGAACUUAUUCAUGGAUAUUCAAAAUAUGGAUUUAAUUCCAUUAUCAGUAAAAACUUGGGCAACUACAGAGAUGUGCCAGACACCAGGAAUAAAAUGUGUCAUAAAAAACGGUACCCAUCCAACCUACCUACUGCCAGCAUUGUCAUUUGUUUCCACAAUGAAGAAUUUAAUGCCUUGUUUCGGACAGUGUCCAGUGUCAUGACUCUCACUCCACAGCAUAUCCUUGAAGAAAUUAUUUUGGUAGAUGACAUGAGUGAAUUUGAUGAUUUGAAAGAGAAACUGGACUAUCACCUGGAAAUUUUUCGGGGAAAGAUUAAAUUAAUAAGAAACAAAAAGAGAGAGGGACUGAUUCGAGCAAGGCUGAUUGGAGCAUCACGUGCUUCAGGGGAUGUUCUGGUGUUCCUGGAUAGCCACUGCGAAGUGAAUAAAGUAUGGCUGGAGCCCUUGCUGAAUGCCAUUGCCAAGGACCCCCGAAUGGUUGUGUGUCCACUGAUAGAUGUCAUUGAUUAUGUGACCCUGGAAUACCAGCCCUCUCCUGUUGUCAGGGGAGCUUUCAACUGGUAUCUGCAAUUUAAAUGGGAUCAUGUUUUCUCUUAUGAGAUGGAUGGACCAGAAGGGCCUACUAGACCUAUCCGGUCACCUGCAAUGGCUGGAGGAAUUUUUGCUAUAAAUAGGCAUUAUUUUAAUGAAAUCGGACAGUACGACAAGGGCAUGAAUCUCUGGGGAGGAGAAAAUUUGGAACUUUCACUAAGGAUCUGGAUGUGUGGAGGCCAACUCUUUAUACUCCCCUGCUCUCGAGUAGGACAUAUUGAUAAGCAACAUGUUGCAAACCACACUGGAAUUGCAAAAGCCUUGGCGUAUAAUAAUCUCAGACUGGUGCACGUUUGGCUAGAUGAAUACAAGGAGCAGGUAUUUUUACGAAGACCUAAUCUGAAAUAUCUUGCCUAUGGAGAUAUUAGUGAGCGUGUUGAAUUAAGGAAACGAUUGGGUUGCAAGUCAUUUCAGUGGUAUUUGGAUACUGUCUUCCCGGAACUGGAGACCUCUUAAGAGAGUCUCAUGAAAGGAAAACCAAUCAUUUUCAUGAAUAAAGCGUUAAAAAUUCCCCUAGUCCUUCAACAUGGAGAAGAGAACAUGUUUGGAACAUCAUGAAAUUAUGUGAACUACAGUAAGAAGUACAACCAGAAUGGUCUACA